UUUUCCGCUUUCUGUUUCUCAUCACGCCUGAUUUUUCUUAUUGACCCUGGAAGAGGAUGGAGAAGCGGUGGUUACCUUUUUCUCUCCUAUUUCUUGGGGUGCUUUUCGUGCAUUCCAUCUCCGCGGAAAACGGCGGUACAGGAAAGAAACUAAAAAUGCAGUUCACUGCGGGACCACUCCUGAAAUUCCAGAUUUGUGUCUCCUGAGGAUACAAGCGGGUGUUUGAGGAGUACACGCGAAUACUUAAUCAGCGGUACCCCGACAUCCGCAUUGAGGGAGAAAAUUAUCUUCCACAACCCAUUUAUCGACACAUUGCUUCCUUCUUAUCAGUCUUCAAGCUGGCAAUAAUAGGACUAAUUAUUCUUGGGAAAGAUCCAUUUGCUUUUUUUGGAAUGCAAGCCCCUGGAAUUUGGCAGUGGGGCCAAGAAAAUAAGGUCUAUGCGUGUAUGAUGGUUUUCUUCCUUAGCAACAUGAUUGAAAAUCAGUGUAUGUCCACUGGUGCAUUUGAAAUCACAUUGAAUGAUGUUCCAGUGUGGUCAAAACUGGAAUCUGGUCAUCUCCCUUCAAUGCAGCAGCUUGUGCAAAUCCUAGAAAAUGAAAUGAAACUUAAUGUACACAUGGAUUCACUUCCUCCUCAUCGUUCAUAACCAAAACCUCAGAUGCAGAAGAUCUUCUGCAUUAGACUGGUUUUUCCUAAAGGUAGCAAACUGAUUGUUAUGAAGGACUGCGCUGAAAGCACAUCAUAGCUGGUGCGGCCUGGAUGUUCUUAAUCAGCCCAUGGUACACUUUUGGAAUUGCCCGUUUAAGACAGAGAUCUUGUGCUGUCUACAAUGUUAAUUUUAUUUUCAUUAAACAUGCAAUAAAGUGUAUAGUUUUGUCUUUAUCUGAUCUAAAAUGGUAUAUAGAUAACUCAGUACAGAUAUUAAAUUGUAUUUUGUAUUUGCAUUUUACAGAAUCUAAAGAAUCGUGUAAGAAUUUAAUUUAAAGAUCAUUUUUAAUUUCUAAUAAGUUGACUUUUGUAUAUGUUUCUGAAUAACAUGCAGUGCAACUAUGGAAAUAAACUGGAUACUCUUACAAGA